CAUUUCUUUGAUCUUCAUCAUUCUUCAACUUACAGCCAGAAAUUGCACAUCUACUAUGGCGGAGCAAACGAAAGGUGCGACCGUAGGCGAAAAUAACUGCACCCGCGGAGAGGAAACGCUACACGAAGCCCUCCACCGUUUGGUUUCGUCGAUCAUCUACCCCGAAGCAUCGGCAUCGGAACCGCUGCUGCAGCGGAUCAAGAUAUCUGUUUCGGAGAACGUGCCUCGCCUUGGCGAAGCCUCCAGAAACACUAGCCGUUCUGUUCUGCAGUGGACCCGUCGUGGCAGCCCCCUUCGUGCUCUUCUCGUCAUUUCUGUUGGGACCAUUUCAUUUCUUACCUUGACAGGGUUGCUUGUUUUUAUGCUUUUCUUUCUAGCUGCGACUGUCAAUGCUAUCAUCAUCUCUUUCCUCAUCGCUCUGGCUGCUGCAGGAGGCUUCUUGGCUAUUUUCUUUGCCUGUGUAACAGUUAUUUACAUUGGGGCCUUGUCAGUUGCUGCUUUUGUUAUUUCUACUGCAACAAUUUCAACAAUUAUAGCUGCUCUUGUAGCUACAGGGUGGGUUGGAUUCUUCUGGGCUCUAUGGUUGGGUACUAAGAAAAGCAUGGACCUGGCAAAGCUCUCGUUCACCAUGACUGGCUCUGCUCUUUCAUCUUAUUCUUCUCCCCAUGUUCAUCGCUACCAGGAGCUGAACAAAGAUUCAGACUGAAACACUUUGGUGAACGUAAGACCCACUCCACACUCAUUCAGCAUGGACAUGUUGAUUAAUCAUAGAUGAGAAGCAUGUUAUAUAGUCGGUGUUCGGAGCUCAUUCCUUUUACGGGUGAAUAGUGUGUAUUUCUCAUCCUCUAGAAUUAAAUGGAUGGAUGGUUAGCUUUU